GUAGAAUGAUAGCGAUAGGGCAGUUUUAGGGCUGCAUGUAAGAUGCAGAUCCCUGAAGGUACACGCCGCAAAUGAGGCCAAAUGCUUAUUCCCGACUGCCUGGAACCAGUAUAAAGACAGUUAUAGCCGUCGCAUUCCUUUACAUGCCUCGACCUGAGCGUCUCCCAGCGGAGAUGCUCAUCAACGUUACGCCCACUAUUAGACAACUCAUCAUCAUUGUGAAUCAUGCCGCGCAACACGCGGAGACACUCCCGCUACAUCCCCUUGGAGGAUCCUCCAGAGAGCCUGGACAAUCUUCAGCCAGCGCAGCCAGGCAUCGAGGCGCGAUAUGAGCCAUUCCAACAAGCCGGUGCACAGGAUUUCCAGCGUGCUCCGGACAGUUCUUACGAUACUGCCAACGAGUAUGGUGGAGCAGGCGAGCUGCACGACUUGCCAGAGACUACGCAAUACGCCCAACCGAAAGUUGAAAUCAGCGAUGCCAACGACAAACUCCCGUUGUGGAAAGCUGUGAAAAAGUACCCCCGGGUUGUGGCAUACUGCUUCGCGGUCACGACAUCAAUCCUUGGCUGGGGCUAUGCAUCUGUCCUCAUUAGCUCGGUCAACAACGUCGACGAAUUCCUGCAUCACUUCGGGGAAGAGAUGGACGGAGAGUGGCAGAUACCCGGGAUGUGGCAGUCGGUGUGGAUGUCAUUUGAUGCCGUCGGCGGUGCCCUGGGGUCUGCAGCAGGAGGCUGGAUCCAGGAUCGCCUUGGCCGUAAGCGGAGCAUGAUUAUCGGAGGAGUGUGGUCGGCGGUCGGCGUUGUCAUAGUAUUUGCGUCAGACACGCCCGCGAGUGUGAACGGUCGCCGAGGAAUGUUCCUUGUGGGCAGGAUGUUGGAAGGAUUCGCAGUCGGCAUCAUGAAGACAACUGCCAUGGCAUAUGUCUCGGAGAAUGCGCCCACUGCUCUUCGGGGAUCGGCCAUGGCGCUCUUCCCGACGUUCACUCUGGUUGGCCAGGUCCUCGGCACGGCUGUCAUCAUGGGGGUACGGGCCAUCAAUCUUGACAACAACUAUCGCAUCGCCUUCUCCACUGAGUGGCUCUUCUCGAUCCUGGCUGUCGUCCUGGGCAUUUUCUUACCCGAGAGUCCAUCGCAUCUGGUGCGGAAGAACCAGACCAGGAAAGCACUCGAAUCGGCCCGGAAGCUGUACGCACCUCACGUCUCGCCUGAAAAGGAGCUUGAUCGCAUCGUCGCCAGUGUGCGCAAGGAAGCAGAGAAGGCAUACAAGCCGGGAUACCUUGAAUGCUUCCGAGGGGUGAAUGGCCGCCGCACUUGGAUCAUAGUCUUCACAAACGUGCUCCCCGCGCUGUUUGGUCUCGAUUUGUUGUCGCAAGCGAGCUAUUUCCUCUUGACGAUUGGCAUGCCCAGCCAGAUGGGGCUCCUGUUCCAGCUGCUGGGAAUCGCGCUCGCAAUCGUGGCCAAUGCUGCAAGCGUUUGGCUGCUGAGCCGGAUCGGACGGCGGACAGCGACCAUUCCCUCGCUGGCGGCUGCGACGCUCCUGUGGACAGCAAUGGGUGUCGCGGGCUUCUUUUCGGGGACGGGGAUGCAGUACGUGACUGCAGUGUCGAUGAUCGCCGUCAUCCUGGUGUGCGGGCUCGGGGCGUGGCCAGCCGGGUUUGCCAUCAUGGGCGAGACGAGCGCGCUGAGCCUGCGUGCCAAGAGCCAGGCAAUCGGCGGCAUCUCGUCACACCUGACGUCCAUCGUGGUCAACUUUGUGCUACCACUGCUCUACAGCCGGGAUGGGGCGAACCUCGGGUCAAAGACCGGCUUUGUCUACACGGCCCUGUGCGCCGUCGCCGUAGUCACGUCGUGGCUUUUCAUCCCAGAGAUGAAGGGGCGGAGUGCCCUCGAGAUUGACCACAUGUUUGCAAUCGGGCUCCCCGCGCGGAGCUUCAAGGCAUGGAGGGGUGAUGUUGCCUUGCCAGUGUAGAGAGAUGCGUGUGUCAUGCCUGCGAGGGGCCAAUAAAAUAGGUGUCGCUUGAUACGGUUCAAGAAACCAAUUUGAUGUGGCUUGCUACAUUUUUUCAAGAAUGAAAAGAAAAUUAGACCCCGAGCGCGG